CCACGCCAUGGACGCCCUGCCUGACCCCGCGCUCCUCGCCGCCGCCUCGGCCCCGGGCCCGGCCCCGCUGCGGGCCCCGGAGGUAGCGCGGCUCCUCCAGGAGCAGGAAAAGGUGGUCGCCGGCUGCCGAGAGAGGAUCCAGCACUGGCAGCAGGUGGAGGACGACGACAGCGCCCUGCAGGAGCGGCUCGGCACCCUGCCCGACAAGCUGUCCUAUGACGUCAUGGUGCCAUUUGGCCCGUUUGCCUUCGUGCCAGGAAAACUCGUCCAUACUGACGAAGUCACCGUUUUACUGGGGGACAGUUGGUUUGCCAAGUGUUCCGCAGAGCAGGCCGUGGGCUUAGUGGAGCACCGGAAAGGACAUGCAAGAAAAACAAUAGAUGAUUUAAAAAAAGUGAUGACAAAUUUUGAAUCCAGAGUUGAAUUUACAGAAGAUUUGCAGAAAAUGAGUGAUGCUGCAGGUGAUACUGUUGACAUAAGAGAAGAGAUCAAAAGUGACUUCGAAUUUAAAGCAAAACACCGAAUUGCUCAUAAACCUCACUCCAAACCCAAAACUUCAGGUAGUUUUGAAGCGGAUUUUGCAAAUGUUGAAUCCAAGGAUCUGCUCGCGGACCAGGAGCUGUGGGCUUGGCUGGAAGAACUGGAGCGACAGGAGGAGCUGCUGGGCGAACUUGAGAGUCAGCCUCCUACUGUGGUUGCAAACGGAGAAGACACAGCGUCUUCCGAAGAGGAGAAGGAAGACGCCGGCACAUGUGUGAACGGACGUGUGAACGGACACGUGGAUGGGACGCAUCCAGCGGCCGAGGCCGCGGACGACACCGCUGCGCUCGUUGCCCCCUCAAGUGAUGAGGAUGAGGAUGGUGACGACAGCGAUGCUCUUGGGCCAGGGGCCAGCUCUGUACCAACCAUUUACUUUUCUCACACCGUCGAACCCAAGCGGGUUCGAAUCGAUCCUGGGAAAAACACCACCUUAGAGUUCAGUGAGAAGAAGGAAGAAGCCACACGGAAGCGAAGGAACAGCUGUGGCGGCCACCCGGCCCCGGAGCUGCCCACGAUCAGGACCCCUGCGGACAUCUACAGGGUCUUCGAGAACCUGGUGAAGCGGGCGUCCGUCCCUCGGAAGUCCACCCUGCAGUCAGGCAGCCGCGAGAACAGCGUGUGCAGCGACACCAGCGAGGGCAGCGCCGACUGCGAGGAGCGCCGCGGGCUCCUGCGGAGCGCCGGCGGUGAGAGCAUUUUGGAGGAGGAGCAGGAGCAGCUUCCGGAGCCCGGGCCGCUCGAGGCUUUUUCUGGAACUGUAAUAGAGAGAGAAUUGUCGCCCUGCCUCGCCCCGCACCCAGCCGCGGUCCAUCCUGUGCUGCCCACCAUCCCUGAGCGGAGAGAAGUCCUGUCAGAAGGGUCGGACGUCACCAAGCGGGUGUCCAAGUUCAAAGCCGACAGGCUGCAGCAGAGGACCUAGGCUGCAGCAGAGGACCUAGGCUGCAGCAGCGGACCUAGGCUGCCAGGCAGUGGGCGCUUGCGCCCUGCAACCUCGUGCUGCAUCAUCUAGAGUACGUAUCGCUGA